AUGGGAAUCUGUGUGGCCAUGGAAUACUUCACUAAAUGGCCAGAAGCAUAUGUCAUCCCGAAUCAGGAAGCCACGACUGUUGCCAGGGUGUUGGUUGACCAGUUCUUCUACCGGUUUGAUGUGCCCCAAGAGUUGCACUCAGACCAGGGCAGAAACUUUGAGUCAGCUGUGUUUAGUGAGUGCGGUAAACUACUGACCACUCCACUUCGGCCACAGUCAGAUGGAAUGGUGGAAAAGUUUAAUUGGACCGUGGGACAAGAACUGGCCAAGUACUGUGUUGAGGGACAGAUAGAAUGGAACCAGAAGCCACCUGCUCUGUUGAUGGCAUACUGGUCGGCUGCCCACGAGUAUACACAGGCAAAAUUGAUGCUGGGUCACGAACUGCGGCUGCCAGUGGACCUGCUGACAGGAAGACCACUUGAUGAACUACCUUUAGAAACCACCAGUUACGUUGAAGAGCCUCCAAGAGAGGUUGAACAUCAUCACGUUCGAGGAGCUCUGGAGUUCUCGGGUGAAGUGAAGCGCAACCAAGAUGUCAAAGCAAGCCACGUCUAUUACAAGGACCUGCAUACCCCUCAGUCACCGAAGUUGCAGAGUCCACGGUAG